AUGGUGUUCCACGGUCGACCGUCGCCGGCCUGCUUUCCCUGCAGGUCCAGAAAGCUAAGGCAUACAGAAACAUCAGAAAAGAUGUCAAUCAAUCUGGAAGUUUGGGCUCAUACUAACGUUGUUGAUUUUCAGUGCGAUCUGCGAUUAGAAGCUUGCGGCCAAUGCCGCAGGGCCAAGAUAACCUGCCACGGCUAUCGGGAUCCCAACGCCUUGCAGUUUCGGGACGAGUCUCGAUCGGUGGAGCGGAAGGUGGUCACCCAAAGAGACUACGGAAUUAUUCCAGGGGUACAAAGCCAGCCGACUGGUCUCGAACUGGGCUGGGACACCCGCGCUCGCUACGCUUUCUUCUCGACCUACAUUGGCGGGUUCACGCGCAGCAUGGGGGAAGUAACCCACCAUUACAGGACCGCCACAGCAUGCGAUCACCUCUCUGCGAGUGUCGAGGCGGCCAGUUUAGCAUAUAUGGGCACGCAGCUGGGCAGUGCGCAUCUCAUCACGCUCGCCAAUUCCAGCUACGUCAAAGCAAUCCAGAGGCUUAGCCGAUCUUUGAAUGAUCUUAGCUCCGAAGGAGCUGAGGAAGCUCUUCAAUCGGUUCUCCUACUAGACAUGUACGAGAAGAUGGUCCAUCGCGACCACCAGAACUCUCAGGCCUGGACGAGUCACUCUCAGGGGGGUCUGACCCUCCUUCACUCCCGCGCAACAACCAUCCUGUCCAGCCCGACUGGACGUCAAGUUGCCGCCCGACUAGUGACUGCCGUCAUAGUUACCUGCGCAACAGUUGGUAUUAAUACACCUAAGGAGCUGGCUGCAGUGCGUCGCAACAUUGGCUAUCAUGUCAACAGCCCCAAGUGGAGCUUUUUGGGCAUUUUGAAUCGGGUCUCGAACUUGCACUUCGAAUUUAAAGCGGGAAGAAUAACAGAACGCAAUUUCGUCAUCCGAGCCAAGAGUCUGGACGAUCAGCUGGCUACAUUGGAAGCAACAGUGCCAUCUACAUGGCGACCCCUCUUAGUACCCGUCACCGGCAGUAACCCUCAUGUUCUCGGCACAUAUUAUCAUCUCUAUCCGGACCACUAUACCACGCAAGUCACCAAUGCGCUUCGAACAAUGAGGCUCAUUCUAUACAUCAUCGUAAAGCGUUACACUGCCGAUGGCAGCUAUACUCAAGAGAGUGCUUUCAAGAAGACGAUCCGAGACAUUGCACAUCACGUUUGCGCGUCCGUACCGCAGUUCACAUUGCCAAGGGUGUGCGAGACGAACACUCUACCAUUCUCGCCUGUGCAACAGCUUCAGUGUCGCACCUUCCUGGCUCCGUUGUAUCUUGUCCACCAAGUGUCGGAAGAUGAUUCAGUGAAGCAGUGGGUAAACAACUGCUUGGCAUACAUGUGGCAGUCCGGGGGUUUGAAAACGGCCAAAGACAUUGCCGAUCUCAUGGACAUGAAGCCAGAUUUGGAUUAUUGGUCAGUCUUUGCAACAACUGGGAGCUACGCGUUUGCAGCAUAA